AUGUCGUCGAGCGGCUUCCAGGCCAUGCCCGGCUGGUACUGGCCGGACGAUAUCUCAGGGGCACGUAGCAAUGUUCCUGCGGACACAGCAAGCGAACCGUUGACGACAGAGAGCACUCCGAAACAAGAAACCCCGCGCCAUCAGCCGAGUCAAGGGCCGAGUCAGGAGGAAAGACAGAGGCAAAGACACUGGCGGCCGCGAACCUGUCGAAUCUGCCUGGAAACGGUCGAUCCGACGUUCCACCCACCCUCAGAAAACCUACCAGGCUUUCUCCAGUCUGGCCCCUCGGUGACGUACGACUCGGAGGAAGGUCGUCUUCUCCGGCCGUGCAAAUGUAAAGGAUCGUCGAAGUACGUUCAUGAGAACUGUCUGCAGGCGUGGCGGCACGCCGACCCGGCAUAUGGGAGGAGGAAUUUUUGGCAGUGUCCGACCUGCGGCUUUCGGUAUAGGCUGGAACGCAUGCAUUGGGGUCGGAUUAUCAGCAGUGCAGCUGCCCAGAUCACGUUGACAAUCACUCUUUUCGUACUCGCCACGUUCCUUUUGGGCUUCGUAGCGGAUCCCAUCAUCAACAUCUACCUGGAUCCUUACGAGCACCUCAUCCCAAUAGGCGGUUCUAGCGACAGUCGUUACGCGGAGCCAGAAGACCCAGCAUCUUGGUUCGAACACUUUCUCAAGGGCUUCGCUUCUCUUGGCCUGUUGAGCUUUCUCAAGGUCCUACUUGCCUCUCCCUGGCGAUGGUGGAACAUUAGAGUAUCGGGCGGCAUGGGCGGUGGGGGUCGUGCGGGGAAUACUGGACGAGAUCGCUUGGCGAAUAUCAGCUGGGUCGUUGUACUCAUUGGAGUUGGAACGUUUUUAUAUGGCGUUUGGAAAGCUGUCCGGACGUGGACUCGCCGCACUCUCGAGAAGGCAGGCGAGAGGGUCAUGGACGUCCAAGUGGACGAUGACGACGAAGACGAAGAUGAUGAACCGGGAGCAAGUAGCGCUCCGACAGGCACCACUACAUAG